AAACACACCCACGCACAAACCACGGAACGUCGUGUUCAAGCAAAAUCCAAGGCAAAUUCCCCAUCCCAUUUGAAACGGGCGGCACGCACGGUCGCUUACUGCGGUUCCAAAUCCCAUCAAUUCAUCAAUGGCGCUGUCGAGCUGAGCAUUUGUAGUUGAGCUUGAGCCCCCCACAGUAGACUCCACCGCCGUAACUGCCUUUUUGAAUUCUUCCCUAGUCGCCCACCGGCCACCGCCGAGCUGAGCCCAGCCCGAGAGGCAGAGGCUGAGGGAGAGGGAGAGAUGGUUGGGGGAGGAGGAGGAGGAGGGGCGCUGCGGCGGGUGGGCAAGUACGAGGUGGGGCGGACCAUCGGGGAGGGGACGUUCGCCAAGGUGAAGUUCGCGCAGAACACGGAGACCGGGGAGAGCGUCGCCAUGAAGGUGCUCGACCGCUCCUCCAUCCUCAGGCACAAGAUGGUGGAUCAGAUCAAGAGAGAGAUAUCCAUAAUGAAGCUUGUGAGGCAUCCCAAUGUGGUCAGGCUACACGAGGUUUUGGCAAGCCGAAAGAAGAUUUUUAUAAUCUUGGAGUUCAUCACUGGUGGUGAACUAUUUGACAAAAUUAUCCGUCAUGGGCGACUUGCUGAAGCUGAUGCACGUAAAUACUUUCAGCAGCUUAUUGAUGGUGUUGAUUUUUGCCACAGCAAAGGAGUCUACCAUCGAGAUCUAAAGCCUGAAAAUCUUCUCCUUGACUCCCAAGGAAAUCUUAAAAUUUCAGACUUUGGACUCAGUGCAUGGCCUGCCGAGGGAGCUUCCCUUCUACGUACUACCUGUGGAACCCCAAACUAUGUUGCCCCAGAGGUUCUCAGUCAUAAAGGAUAUGAUGGAGCACUUGCUGAUACAUGGUCAUGUGGAGUUAUUCUAUAUGUCCUUCUGGCAGGUUAUCUUCCAUUCGAUGAAGUGGAUCUGACUACCCUUUAUGGGAAGAUUGAGAGCGCAGAAUAUUCAUUCCCAGCUUGGUUUCCGACUGGUGCUAAGUCACUGAUACGUAGAAUUCUUGACCCAAAACCAGAUUCACGAAUCAGGAUAGAGGAGAUCAGGAAUGAUGAAUGGUUUAAGAAGAAUUAUGAACCUGUCAGCGAAGUAGAAAAUGAAGAAGUCAAUCUUGAUGACGUAAAUGCAGCUUUUCUUGAUCAUGAGGAAGACACCGAACAUACUUUUGACGAUGAAGCAGGCCCUUUGACGCUCAAUGCAUUCGACCUAAUUAUUCUAUCCCAAGGAUUAAACCUUGCGUCCCUAUUUGAUCGCCGACAGGACCAUGGCAAGCUUCAGAACAGAUUUUUAUCGCGCAAACCAGCAAAUGUUAUAUUGUCAAGUAUGGAGGUUGUUGCUCAAUCCAUGGGGUUUAAGACGCAUAUUCGCAACUAUAAGAUGAGGGUGGAAGGUCUAAAUGCGAACAAGACUAGUCAUCUCACAAUUCUGCUUCAGAUAUUUGAAGUUGCCCCAUCAAUCUUCAUGGUGGAACUACAGAGAGCUGCUGGAGAUACUUCAGAGUACAAUAAGUUUCUAAAUAACUACUGCUGCAAGUUAGAUGAUAUCGUUUGGAAAUUUCCUGUUGAGAAGGGAAAAUCGAGGACAUCCCGCCUAUCGAAGCGCUAAUAUGUCUUCAACUUAUAUUUGUUUGUAUGCAGCUAUUCAGCUCAACUUUGAACUUCUGUGCCAUAAUUUAUGCACCUAACAACCACCUGUAUCAUUCAUCUUUAACCACAUCAGUUUGUUGCAGGUAUCGUGUGUAUUUGAGGGCCGUGCAGUUUGAAAUAUGUAAAUCACGAGGUUGAUUAGUGGAUGUUCUAGUGCAGUUUAUCACGAUGGUCUAUGUUAUUUUAGUUAUAUAGGGGGUUAAUCUUUGUUUCGUACCAGGAAUGUAAAUUAAGAGUGCUUGUGCAAAGAGGCUAAUUGGUUUUGAUAUCUCAGCAUUGUAUUACAGAAUUUCCAGCGAUGUAUCAAACCAACUGUAGCUCACCUCUCUCCUGGUUUGUUUGGGGAGAUUUCAAAUUAAUUGCUUGCCUUGUAAACUGUUUCAAGAUUUGUUGAUUUCUUUCUAUUUGA